AUGACGAGAAAGAAAUGGGCGACAGUCUCGCAAGAGGAGUGGUUUCGUGCCCGCCAGAGUCGCUUCGCGGACGCGAAGAUCGACGGUACCACUCGUGCUUUCUUUAACACCACGAUGGAGCUCUUCACCGAGAAAUGGCCUCUCCAACCACUGACCACCGCCGAGAUCCGCGCCGCCGAUGGCAGCGUUGAGGUCGCUGCCGAGAAACAGCGAAAGGCUAUGUGCAAGGUAAGUCCUCUUAUCACAGACUUUCCAUGCGGCAACGUUGUUGACAUACCUCCGGCAGCGCAUCGAGUGGUGGUAUCGGAACCGCGUGCGACCGAACUCAUCAGAUGGCAACUCCGGCGGCAAAAUAUCCAAGCCCUUGCCCCUCCUCGACCUCCAACGCAAGAAGCCACAGCGUCUCAUGCCGCAUCAAGUGUACAUGCACCUUUAUAA